AUGUCGCGAACUAGAGUUAUGUUGGUCGGAGCCGCGGGUGAGACCGGCGGCUCUAUUGCGAACGGACUCCUCGAGAACCCCAACUUUGAAGUGCACGCUCUCGUUCGCCCCCGGUCGGUCCAAAAGCCCGCUAUCACAGCCCUGCAAGAUCGUGGGGUCCAGAUUCGCAAGGGUGAUCUCAAGGGUCCCGAGGAAUCCCUUAUUGAUGUGUUGACGGGAAUCGAUGUCGUCAUUAGCUGCGUCGGGCCUGCUGAGCAGCAGGAUCAGAUCCCCCUCGCGAAGGCCGCGAAGAGUGCCGGAGUUCAGCGGUUUGUUCCCUGUGGCUUCAUCACUGUGGCACCACCCGGUGGGAUCAUGUGGUUGAGAGAUGAGAAAGAGACUGUCUACAACCACAUCAAGCAGCUCCGACUCCCCUACACCAUCAUCGAUGUCGGCUGGUGGUACCAACUCUCCUACCCUCGUCUCGGAUCCGGACGUACCGACUAUGCGAUGACCACAGCGAACAACGAGAUUGUCGGCGAUGGCAACACACCUGUUGCAUUGACGGAUUUGAGGGACAUCGGUCGCUAUGUUGCCAAGAUCAUUGUCGAUGACCGGACGCUGAACAAGAUGGUUUUCGCGUACAACACCGUGCUGUCGCAGAAUGAGAUUUACGAUCUCUUGGAGGAGAUCAGUGAGGAGAAGGUCCAGAGAAACUACAUCCCCGAAGAAGGCAUCUACACCAGAGUGCUUGCAGCCCGGCAAUCCAGCGAGACGUACCCCUUCGAUCCCGUCAAAUUCAUUCCCCGAUACCUGGCCGAGAACCAACUGUCAUGGGGUAUCCGCGGCGAUAACCACCCCGACUACGCCAAGUACCUGGGUUACCUGACCUCCAAGGACCUGUACCCCGACUUCCGUCCCCACGACUUCAAGGAAUAUCUGGAGACCGUGGUCCGGGGCACCGCCAAGGGCGUCUACACAGACCGGUACAUCUCCAAGGCCCAGCAACGAUUCUUCCCCCGGUCCGAGUCGAGCGACUCCCUCUACACCCGCAUAUUCCCGAGGACCGAGUCGAGCGACUCACUCUACGCUCGGUAA